AUCGGUGUGACUACUUAUCGACGUCAUCUCCCACCGCAUAUUCGGCGUCUAUCGUUUACAAACUUUCACACACAAUUGAACUGAAUUGAAUGAAUGAAAUACCUCCAUUGCACCAUAGCGACAUAGAAAAGAUAACUUUGCAAUCACUGCCACAAUGCAAGGCCCACUGUACAUCGGUUUCGACCUUUCCACCCAACAGCUCAAAGCUCUAGUCGUCAAUUCCGACUUGAAAGUCGUCUACGUCUCCAAAUUCGACUUCGAUGCGGACUCCCGCGGCUUUCCCAUUAAAAAGGGUGUCAUCACCAAUGAAGCUGAGCAUGAGGUCUAUGCCCCUGUGGCAUUGUGGUUGCAGGCCCUGGAUGUCGUCCUCGAGGGUCUGAAGAAGCAAGGUUUGGAUUUCGCCCGGGUGAAGGGCAUCAGUGGUGCUGGACAGCAGCAUGGCAGUGUCUACUGGGCACAGGAUGCGGAGCGUCUUCUCAAGGAAUUGGACUCUGGCAAGUCCCUGGAGGACCAAUUGAGCGGGGCUUUCUCCCAUCCCUAUAGUCCCAACUGGCAGGAUUCCAGUACGCAGAAGGAGUGUGAUGAGUUUGAUGCCUUCCUGGGCGGCGCAGACAAGCUGGCAUAUGCUACAGGAAGCAAGGCACAUCAUGUACGUUGAUUCCUGCCCUCUACUUCUUUCCCUUUCUUUCCUUUCCGAAGAUUCCGGUGACUAGAGCUAUACUAAUGGCCCUCCCUUCGAUAGAGAUUUACCGGCCCCCAGAUCCUCCGCUUCCA